AAAUGAAGAAAUGCGUCACACACGAGUUUUUUCCCCUACAGAUCAUCUGAGCGAAAGGGGUGGUGGUGGGGGAAUGUACACAGCCGUGUUUAAAAUUGCCAUUGGCGUUAGUUUUGUUGCAAAUACUUGUUUCAGGAAAUGAAUAGUGCCAUUAUCUCAGUUUACAAAAUCAUUCUAUGUGAAGCAGCACUGAUGAUGUAUUCAAGGUGUCACGGGGGUUUGCUGAUGACAUAGGAAGGCCUCAAAUCUCCUGACUUGUGAUCUUCCUCCCUCUUCCUCUUCCCCUUGUGUGCUGAGCUACAAUUGAAGACUUCCUGGUUUAGGAAGUUCUAUUCUGCUCUUGUUGGAAGUGAUGCCCAGGUUUGGUUGCCUUAAGCUGGGCUUUGUUUCUUUCCCAGUGUGAAACUGGAAAAGCUCUGCUAUGCAGGUGAUAUUUUAUUUAGUACAUUUUUUAUCCUGCCUGACCUCCAAAGUGUUUAGGGUGGCAUGCAUUGUUCUCCUGCCCUCCGCUGGAUCCUUAUUUCGUCAGCGAGGUUAUGCUGAGUGAGCACACGUGGCCCCAAAGCCACCCAGCAAGUUGCCGUGGCAGGUUGAAAGUUCAAAGCUGGAUCGUGAUCCAAUACACUGACCACUGCAGCAUGUUGGCUAUGGAACAAGGAACGAGGACGCAUUGAAGACUGAUGUUUCUGAAGCUCUGCAAACUGUUCAAGCACAAAACCAAUGCAUGAGAAAGCAGGGCCCAUGCACAGCCCAGACAAGCCAGGCGCAUUGCACAGGGAAAAGGGCUUGGAUUCUCCGAACGGCAGCCUGCACUUGAGUGAUGGUGUCAAGGAGGAGGAGCUAAAGAAAUGCCAGCGAGAAGUGGCUCCAAAUAAGCACAAUUCCCAGUACCACAAGUUAUUCAAGGACAUCCCCACCGAAGAGAGCGUGCUGAAAGUCUGCUCCUGCGCCCUUCAGAGAGACAUUCUCAUCCAAGGCCGGCUCUACAUUUCCCCCAACUGGCUCUGUUUCUAUGCAAACCUUUUCGGAAAAGAUAUCAAGGUGGUUAUUCCCGUCGUCUCAGUCCAACUGAUAAAAAAGCACAAAACAGCCCGACUGUUGCCAAAUGGACUGGCUAUCACCACCAACGCGAGCAGAAAGUACAUCUUUGUGUCCCUGAUCUCGAGAGACAGCGUGUACGAUGUACUGCGGAGAGUCUGCACCCACCUGCAGGUCUCGAGCAAAAAGAGUUUGAGCUUGAAAGAGUUGACGGAAGAGCCAGAUGCGGUGUCGCUGGCGGUGACUCGCAUCCCGUGCUUUCCACAGGAGGUGAUCGUCCCCGAAGUGAAGUGGAGGAAGGGGUCCCCCGCAUCACUCUCGCUGACCCUCCCGGACACGGGCUUCCAGUGCAUCCACCGGGCUUCCAUCAGCAGCCUCAGCACCAAGGAGAGCUCCUGCAACUCGGAGGAGCCUUUGGUAUCAGAAAGUGCAAUAAACACUGAAGAGGAGGAGUUGGAGGCAGAGCAGAGCUUCAAAGCUGAGUUGCGGCAGUCCGAAUACCAGUUGCUGAAAGUCUUCAUUGUGUUGAUCUGCCUGCUGGUGGUGUCCUCCUCCUACCUGGCGUUCCGCAUCUUCCGCCUGGAGCAGCAGCUCUGCUCCUUGAAUCGGGACUAUCUCUCUCGUGUGCCCCGGAGGUGACCGUGGUUCCAUGAGGGGCAGCGAUGGAGAAAACAGCACCUUGCGGUCAGAUUCUUACAAAGCCCAACUAGCUAGCAUUGCCGCAGCAAGUACAGGGCAAGUGGACUCCUUGCCUGCAUCACUCCGGGACCAAAGCUCUUUGUUUCCAGCAGUCACUCUUAUAAGUGUCUCUGUCUGAGUUCCUGCACUUGGCCUGGGAUGCCAGUUCUGUAGCAGCUUCUUCCAGACAGCAGCUGUGCUUGCGAGGAUGCUCCAUGCUAAGCUGUCCAAGGAAGGUGGCCCCCAGUUACUUCCUUCAAGGCCUUUUCGGCCACUGGAGGCAUGGGAGUGGUUUGCUCUCUGGAGACCCGAGACAACUGGUGGAAUAUAGAGUGUUUCUUCCGAGGCAUUCUGGAACAGCCCCAUCUUCCUAGGACUGUGCUGCAGAAGCCCAACGGAGAAACUCCCAUUACCAGCAAGCCAUCUUGGGGUAGGGGAGGGUGGGAGCCAAGCAUACAUGACUCACGUCCAGAGCAGUACCAGCAGUCUCUCCUAGGGCCACUUUCCGUUCAGAUUGCCAUCAGUUCUCGUUACCAGAUUUAUCAAAAAAA